CCCAGUGUUUUUUCCUUGGCUGAUGUCCAAGAGAUUGAUGCACUCAUAUCCAGUUUUGAUACCCUUGAAAUGAAAGAAGCAGGUCCAUUGGUUCUUUCAUGGGCAGUUUUUCUUUGUCUGAUUUCGUCGCUUCCUGGAAAAGAAGAUAAUAAUUUUCUAAUGGAGAUUGAUCAUGUUGGUUAUGUUCGCCAAGCUUUUGAAGCUGCAUCACUGAAUUGUUUUCUUGAAAUCCUUCACAGUGACAUAUUUAAGGAAUCAGAUGGAUCUAUUGCUGGUUAUCGAAGUGUCUUGAGAACCUUUCUUUCUGCAUUUAUUGCAUCUUAUGAAAUAAACCUUCAGAUGGAGGAUGACACCCUUAAUUUGAUAUUGGAUAUUCUUUGCAACAUUUACCGAGGAGAGGAGUCACUUUGUAUGCAGUUUUGGGACAGAGAAAGCUUUGUUGAUGGUCCUAUUCGGUGCCUUCUGUGCAACUUAGAGGGUGAAUUCCCUCUUAGGACUCUGGAACUUGUUCGGCUUUUAUCAUCCUUGUGUGAGGGAAGUUGGCCUGCAGAAUGUGUGUAUAGCUUUUUAGAUAAAUCUGUUGGACUAUCAUCCUUGGUUGAGAUUUCUAGUGAGUCUGUAGUGGAUAAUAUAUCACAAAUUGUUGAAACUCGCCAUCCAGUAUAUAUUCCUGGGAUUGAUGGCUUGUACAUUCCUAGUGGAACACGAGGACAUAUUCUGAGAGUAAUCAGUGGGAACACUGCUCUUGUCCGCUGGGAGUAUUCACAGUCAGCAGUUUUUGUGUUGCUUCUGCGUUUGGCCCAAGCACGAUAUUUAGAAGGCAAUGAGGAAGUUAUCCUUACGCUAGACCUGCUUAGUCGAAUGGUAUCCUUUAACAAGGCCAUAUGUUUUGCUUUGAUGAACAUUAGCAAUUCAUUGCAUGUCCAAGAAACAGGAGUAAAUGGUCAGGUGGAGAAUAAUGGGUGGGUAGUUGAAAUCAUUAGCACUAUGGUCAGAAAUCUCUCCCCUAAUCCUAGGGGUGCUCUAGUGAUGUCUAUGGCUCUUACUGUCUUAGAAAAGAUGCUUAAAUGUUUCCCAUCUAAUGUUGCAGCAGUAGCUUUGAAAUCAAAUAUUUUCGAUGUUGCUUCGAAGGGUGGUGAUAUUGGCUGGAAUGGUUUAUCAAGUGGCUCAUGGUUGCUAUCUGGCAAAUUGGCAAAGUUACUAUUAAUCGACUGCGAGCAAAAUGAUUAUGACUGCCCGUUAACUAUAUCAGUGCUGGGUUUCACCUUGCAGCUUGUAAAGACUGGGCUGGAGGAUGAUGUUGUUUUUUCGUUAAUUAUUUUCUCCCUCCAGUAUAUCCUAGUUAAUCAUGAAUACUGGAAAUACAAGAUGAAGAAUACUCGUUGGAAAGUAACAUUGAAGGUUCUUGAACUGGUGAAAACCUGCAUUGCAGCUGUAUCUUUCUCUGGAAAACUUGAGGCUGUCAAGGAUUUGUUACUUUGUGAUUCUUCCAUCCACAACGUACUCUUUCGCAUUGUAUGUACAACUACAGAAGCCCUGGAGAAGCUUUAUGUCAAUCGCCUCGUUGAACUGACAGAGAUUGAGGGAUUACAACUUGCCAUAAGUUCUGCUUUGGAUGUUUUAUAUGUUAUGCUCUCAAAAUUUUCAAAGGAUAUAUCAUUGAACCUUCCUAUCUUUCAUCAAGCUCUACUCUCAUCAACAACGAAACCAAUUCCUGUUGUUGCAGCAGUUAUAUCAUUGAUAUCAUAUUUCCGUGAUCCAGCAAUUCAGCUUGGUGCUGCUAAAGUAUUAUCGAUGCUUUUAUGUAUGGCAGAUUAUUUACAACCAUAUCUCUUUGGCAAUGCUUGCUUUGGUCUAGAUGAUAAGCAGAUUGCAGAUUUAAAGCAUUCUGUUUGUUGCGUACUACUGGAACAGGUAGUGUUGAAUGAAGAUCUAUUUGUUGCUUUCGUAAAUUUGCUCACUUCUGCAGCACAUUAUCAGCCUGCUUUUCUUGUUGCUAUAUUUUCCACAAAAGAGGAUUUGGAUGUGCAACUGACUAAUGCUGCUGAUCUAAAGCAGCCAAGAAAUGGAUCUUCAUCUGGGGCACCGGGUGUCCUGAAAUCUGGUUUGAUGGCUGCUUUCCUUCAUUAUAUUGAAAGAUCUGAUGAUCUUAUCAAUAGCAAUCCCCGGAUAUUGCUGAGUGUACUUAAUUUACUGAAGGCGUUGUGGCAGGGGGCUGGUCAUUAUACAGCUGUUUUGGAGCAGCUGAAAAACUCUGAAAAUUUCUGGAGACACUUAUCCAACUCUAUUUCUAGAGUUACAAAUUUUGAAGCUCCUCCAAUUAAAAGUCUGACAGAAUCGGAGGCUUUGAACUUGGGAUACAAGUAUAAAUGUCAAUCAACUAUUUUGGAAAUAAUGGCAUAUGACAUGUUCAUGAAGAAAAAGUUGUUAUAUGUUGAGUCACUAGUAAAAGAAGACACUGAAUCAAGUGAGAAGGCAAAAAGUGCAGUGAAUUCUGAAAAAUCAAAAACAAUUAAUGGUUAUGAUCUUGAGGAUGUUUUCUUGAAUUGGUCUGAGAGCUCUCUUUUAGGAAGCCUCAUCAAGUCAUAUACAUCUUGUGAAUAUGACAAUGAAGUACUUUACCAGGCUAAGGUUUCUGUCAGUUUAGUUGUGGUACACGUAAUGGGGAGACUAUCAUCUGAUAACACUGGAAGUAUGUCUGUGUCAUUAGUAGAGAAGGUCCAUAAUUUGUCAAAAAAGUUGUUCAGUCAACUUGCCUUUUCUGAAUUGAUGGUAGGAUACUCACGGCAUGGUUACAGUGAAGGAAGGGAGCUAAAAGCUUUAAUAAUUAGUGAUCUUUACUAUCAUCUACAAGGAGAGCUUGAAGGUCGUAAAAUCAGCCCUGGGCCAUUCAAAGAACUCUCCCAGUUUCUGAUUGAAUCAGAGUUUUUGCAGAUGUAUGAAGGAAAGUAUAAUGGUGAUCUUUUUGCGACUGCUGAGGAUCUUCAUUUGUUGUUUGACCUUGAACGCAUUCGAGCAGAUCUGGGAAUAGAUAUGUGGGAUUAUUCAGAGUGGAAAGCAUCUAAAUCAAUUGCAGACACAAUGUUGUGCUGCUUACAGGACACAAACUCAAUGAUCUCAAUUACAAGUUCUAAGCUCAGAGUGUUGAAGGCAUUAAUAAAUGUCUACGCUGUAUAUAAGGAUGAUCUUUUGCUUAUGUUAAGUCUCUUGGCAUUGGAGUUCAGCUGCGUCAACUCAGAUUUGGGUGAGAUAAAUGAUAAAGAAAAUGGUGAAGGCUUUGCAGAGGUUUCCAACAUUAGCCUCGGGCUUUUACCCAUCUUGUGCAACACUAUUAGUAUUGCUGAGUGCUGUACCCUCUCUCUGACUGCUGUGGACCUGAUACUUAAACGAUUUCUGACUGCCAACACUUGGUUUCCCAUUAUGCAGAAACAUCUCCAGUUACAGUUUCUUGUGCUGAAGCUCCAAGAAAAAAACUCGGUUGCAUCAUUUCCUAUUAUAUUAAAGUUUUUCUUGACUAUUGCAAGUGUGAGGGGAGGUGCUGAGAUGCUUCUUAAUGCUGGUUUUCUCUCAUGUCUCAGAGUUUUAUUUGCUGACUUAUCAGAUGGUCGACCUUCUUCAGUUAUCAAUACUGGUAAUUCUUCCUUAACUUCAUCAGACAAACUCGAGAAACCUCAACAGAUAUGGGGACUUGGCUUGGCAGUGGUCACAGCUGUUGUUCGUUCCUUGGGUGACAGUUCCCCAAGUAUUGAUGUUGUGGAUAAUGUGAUACGAUACCUCUUCUCAGAGAAAGCUAAUCUGAUCUUCUACUACCUCAGUGCCCCAGAAUUUCCAUCUGAUGAUCGUGAUAAGAAAAGGCCUCGUGCACAAAGAACUCAGACUUCUCUCACAUCUCUAAAAGAUACAGAGCACACUCUCAUGCUAAUGUGUGUCCUAGCAAGACAUUGGAGCUUGUGGACAAAAGCAAUGAAAGACAUGGAUUCACCAUUGAGGGAAAUCAGUAUUCAUCUGUUGGCCUUUAUUAGCCAGGGAACUCAACGCCUAGGAGAGAGUCCCAGCAGGACUCCCCCUCUCUUGUGCCCUCCUAUCCUCAAAGAGGAACUUGAUUGCCGCAAGAAGCCAUCGUUCGUCAACAGCAGAAAUGGAUGGUUUGCUCUUUCGCCACUCGGUUGUGUAACAAAGCCUAAGCCUUCUAUGGGAUCAACCACAAGUGCUCUUGUGAUCAAAGAUCAGGCAGCUGAAAAUAUCAAUCACAUUUCUCAAACAUACUUCUCAGACUCUGUUGCCAUUCAGAUCUACAAAAUUACAUUCCUUCUCCUUAAGUUUUUAUGUUUUCAUGCCAAGGGUGCUGCUAAAAGGGCAGAGGAAUUGGGAUUUGUUGAUCUUGCUCAUUUUCCUGAACUUCCAAUGCCUGAGAUUUUACAUGGCUUACAGGACCAAGCAAUUUCAAUUGUUAUCGAACUAUGUGAGACAAAUAGAUUGAAGCAGAUUCAUUCUGAAGUCCAGUUUGUCUGUCUCUUAUUGAUCCAAAUAAUGGAGAUGGCCUUGUACUUGGAACUUUGUGUCUUGCAGAUUUGUGGAAUUAGACCUGUACUGGGGCGCGUGGAGGACUUCUCAAAGGAAAUCAAAUUGUUGAUGAAUGCAACGGAGGGGCAUGCUUUUCUUAAAACAUCAGUGAGGUCCCUAAAACAAAUCAUAUCACUUGUCUAUCCUGGAUUGGUAUAAACCGAGAAAUUACAGGUGACUGUUCUACUAACCUGAAUGAAAUUUGUAGGCUUAUAGUGAGAGUGUGGUAAUUGUGCAGAUAUUUCACUUGUCAUCAUGAUUGCGUGUGUCCUUAUGCCUUGAUAGAUACAUGCCUUGACACAAUGUUUGUGUACGUACUCCAUAUUCCCAUCUUUAGAGAAUUUGUGGGAUUUUCUCGGCCAUUCUUUUUAUGGUUCCCAACUUCCAAGAGACUACUUUGACAAGGACAAGAUACCCCCACUAGAGAAGGCAUUGAUUUAAUUAUGUGGUGUAAUUAUAUGUUCAUGUAUAAUUGAGAUUCAAAUUUUAGAGAUUAGAUUAUAUAUUAAAAAUAUAAUUUGAAUAUUAAA